AUGGAUAAUCUCUCCAGCCUCCAGCUUUCUGGAUCCCUUGGAUCGCCUGAUGUCAUUCUGCCCAACGUUAUUGAAGAUGCAAUGACGCUUGUAGGCGCGAUAAGAGAGCGAUAUCUAUGGGUCGACUCCCUAUGUAUCGUGCAGGAUGAUGCGGCACAGAAGCAUCAGAGUAUCAUGCAGAUGGAUUUAAUAUACAGGGAAGCCGUCCUCACGAUAGUGGCGGCGUCGGGGGAAGACGCGAAUUCACCACUUCCAGGCGUUCGCCUUCACUCCCGACCUCCCCAAGUGGCCGCGGCGGUCAGUGGCGUUACUUGGGUUACUACGCCACCAAUGCUUCAAGAUCUGCUCCGACGAUCGCAUUAUGAGUCACGGGGCUGGACUUUCCAGGAACGGCUUCUUUCAAGAAGAUGUCUCUACUUUUCCAGCCAAUGGGUCUACUUCGAGUGCCCGUCUACCAUUAAAGCAGAGGCAUGGUUGUCAGACGGUUUCCCGGUGGGUAGGGCCUACGAAUUCCCCGAAGCAACGAGUCACAACCCUCUUGUUCAUCUAUUAAAUGAAGAGAGCAGCCCUGCUAGUAUGCGGACCUUCGAGACGUACUACUCAUUGGUUGGGAUGUACCAAGAGAGGAGUCUCUCGUAUGCCACCGAUAUCCUCAACGCCUUCUCUGGCGUUAUGACCUAUUUCCAAGAGUUGACAGGAACGACGUUUGCGUGUGGACUUCCGGAAUCCGGAUUCGAUCGUGCCCUGUUAUGGGUACCAACUGGGGUAAUCCAACGCCGGCGAGGAGAGACGUCAUCCCCGAAUAGCUCAGGUGAACUUUGUUGCCCAAGCUGGUCCUGGGCUGGCUGGAUAGGGAAGGUCCAAUGGCUCGACGUUGCGACCGAAGAUCAACAUUUUCCCGUCGGCAACAGGCCUACUCUUAGGUCGGAGGUGCGUUAUUUCUACUUCGGCGCCCACGGAAAGUCACGAGCUGUCCGAAGAAGGGACAUAAUUUCGCCACCGUCUGAAAAUGCAAGCAGCAGCAGCAGCACACACACGCCAAACAUUGACCCCAAGUUGUAUAUCCUUCGCUUCAUCGCGUCCACGAUACGCGCCAAAGACUUUACUGCCAUCGCUUUUAUCAGAUCUAAGCCAUUCGUCCCUAAAUUCGGCACGUCGCUCAUCUACGACUCGAACAAACGGCAAUGCGGCAUCAUGUACGAAAAGCAGCCCCCCCACUUUGAGGACAAUGAAUCCAGCAUCUACGAGUUAGUGAAACUCUCCACGUCUCCGCCACGCGGUUUGAGCGACGACCAUUGGGGUUACAUCACACGAGUCAAUCCUCGUCUUGAAGAAGUCUUUGAUAGCUCGUAUUUCCGGCCCGAUCGUGGUGUUGUCAACGCCAUGUUGGUCAAGAGUACGGGGGAAUUUUCAGAGCGAGUCGCUCUCUGCCAGAUGCAUUCUGAUGUUUUUACAUCUGCUACCUGUACCAUGAAGCGCAUUAGUUUGAUAUAG